UGCGUCCCUUUGUUUAAUCCGCGGAGUCAAUCAAAACAAGUUCUUCAGUUUCCCUCUCUCUCGGAAAACGAGAAAACAAGGGUUUGGUUCUGUAUCUCUUCCAGGUUUCGCUGCCUUCUGUAAAACGAAUUCUUCACUUUGACACAGCUACCUACCCGAGGAGGUAUUCUCUCAUCCCUUACCAAGCAGUGUGUUUAUCACCUUGGAGGAGGCGUGUUUCAAGUUAGGGUCGACUUCUUGAUUUUGAUACAUAUGUUUCUGUUAGGCUGUAGGUAACGGACAAGUUGAGGGAAUCGACAACUGCUUCCAAUUUUGAUUCAUUGUCUGUGUUUUGUCAAGUAAACGAAAUCUUGAAUGGCUGGUUCUUCUGUGACGGAUAUUCAUGAGCAUGGAAUUUGUGUGGACAAAAAGAAAUCUCGUGUUAAAUGCAAUCACUGUGGGAAAGAGAUGACUAGCUUUUCUCGUCUGAGGUGUCACUUGGGUGGUGUAGGUACAGAUGUAACUCACUGUGACCAAGUUUCGCUUACUGUUAGAGAGAUGUUCCGGGCGAUACUUAUGGAGGAUAAAUCUGGUCAUACCAAGAGAGUUGGGAAUAUCCAAAUGAGUAAUUCUCCUAAGCGUCGGAAAAGCCAAGAUUCAUCAAGUGAGAGUGUUUCUCCUGAGAACGGGAAUAUGGCUGACAAACAGGAUUUGUUGUCAAACAAAGCCCAAAUGUGCAUUGGUCGCUUCUUUUAUGAACAUUGUGUCGACCUUUCAGCUGUGGAUUCCCCAUGUUUCAAAGAGAUGAUGAUGGCUGCAGGUGGUGGUCAGAUGAGGCUUAAGAUCCCUGAUUCUCAUGCUUUAAACGGCUGGAUGCUUCAAGAAGCAUUCAAGGAAGCGCAAGCUUAUGUGAAGAAGAUUAAAGAUUCCUGGGAGAUCACUGGGUGCAGCAUCUUGUUGGAUGCUUGGAUUGAUCAGAAAGGCCGCGAUCUGGUUACUUUUGUUGCAGACUGUCCUGCGGGUCCUGUGUAUCUGAAAUCCUUUGAUGUUUCAGAUAUUAAACACAAUGUAGCUGACUUACUAUCGCUAGUCAGUGGGCUUGUAGAGGAUGUUGGAGUACGUGACGUGACUCAAAUCAUUGCAUGUUCGACCUCUGGUUGGGUUGGUGAAUUGGGCAAGCUUUUUGCGGGUCACGACAGGGAAGUUUUCUGGUCUGUGAGUCUAUCCCAUUGUUUCGAGCUUAUGCUUGUGAAGAUUGUGAAAAUGCAUUCCUUUGGAGACAUACUUGAAAAGGUCAAUAACAUUUGGGAGUUCAUCAACAACAACAAAGUUUGCAGAGAUCGCAGCCAUGGAAUAGUCACAACUGUCUCCUCCUCCGAGUUUGAGUUUGUUACGCCGUAUCUAACUCUAGAGAAUAUUUUUAAGGCGAAGGAAAACUUGGUAGCCAUGUUUGCUUCAUUUGAUCGGAAGAAAGAAGAGGGCAAAGCAAUAUCUGAUUUGGUGAAUGACUCCUCGUUUUGGGAAAAUGUUGAUAGAGUUCGGAAAUGUACAUCUCCUCUCAUUCACGGUCUGCUCUUGUUUUCAACUGCUGACAAUCAGCAUGUAGGAUAUAUCUAUGACACCAUGGACGGCAUAAAGGAGAAUAUAGCGAAGGAAUUCAGUCACGAGAAACAAUAUUAUGAGCCGUUCUGGAAUGUGAUAGAUGAUGUCUGGAACAAUCGCCUUCACAAUCCGCUUCAUGCUACUGGUUACUUUCUGAAUCCGACUUCUUUCUACUCAACUGAUUUCCAUCUUGAUCCAGAAGUUGCCUCUGGUCUUACCCACUCUCUGGUUCAUGUGGCUAAAGAAGGUCACAUUAAAAUUGCCGCACAGCUUGAUAAGUAUAGACUCGGUAAAGAAUGCUUUAACGAGGCCAGUCAAGCUGAUCAGAUCUCUGGAAUAUCUCCGACUGAGUGGUGGACACAAACAGCGAGCCAGUAUCCAGAACUGCAGAGUUUUGCAAUUAAAAUUCUGAGCCAAACAUGUGAAGGUGCUUCAAGGUACAAGCUGAAGAGAAGCUUAGCAGAGAAGCUGUUGCUCACUGAAGGAAUGAGUCAUUGUGAACAAAAACAUCUGGAAGAGUUGGCGUUUGUUCAUUACAAUCUUCAUCUACAGAGCUGCAAAGCCAAAUUAAGUGAAGAGCAGUGAAGAGAUUGUGAUGCAGAUGUUUAUAUGGAUUGAUGCCGUUCAGCUUUUGUCAAUUGUGCAGGUUUAGUUUUGUAGUUUGUAUAUUCAUCAAGGCUCAUCUUUAGAACCAAUACUGAUGAAUCGAGCAGAUAUAUUGAAAUGUUGUUGCGCUUAUUUUGUUUAAUUAUAAGGAGAUUUGUCUUUA